AUGCUGAUUGGUUCCUACGGUUGGGCGUACUCAGGCAUGCACGCGCGCUCAUCCACACGUCAUAGGAUGUGGUAUAAAAAGUCUGCAAGCAAGGCCCACAGGCACACUUGAUAAUACGCGCUGCGGCUACGGUGGGCAGGCCUCAGGCCACGGUAUGUCAACUAGCAUAAUAAUGCGUUUUCCGUUGCCAUCCUAGUAAGGCGGAAAUCCCGCGUCGCUAGGAGAAAACAAAAGUCUACGCAGUUAAAACACAAAAUAAGGCGCCAUCACAUAGUGACUGCCCUAACUUCGAAUUUAUUCUCCUUCCCGAAGGCGGCCAGCGUUACGAGAAAUUGGUGGCAACUUCAGAGGUAA